GGUCAGAUGUUCGCAGAUGUUUGUGAGAAUGCUGAGAAUGUGAGCUUGAUAGCUGUGUAAACGUCUGUGAAUUUUAACAUUUCUCACGACCUUUUAUUUUUUAUCGUGUUCAAUACAUUUUAAAUAUUUGGAGACUUUCACUGCAGGAUUUGGUGGAUCUUGUAACAAAUUUGGUGAAGACAGGAAACUCCUGUACUUAUUACUUAAGUAGUAAUUGAUUAUUCUUGUAAAACAUGGCACAUUACAAAGGAGCAGCCAGCGAAGCUGGCAGAGCCAUGCAGCUGAUGAAGAAGCGAGAAAUUGCACAACAAGAAAUAGAACUGCGAAAGAAGAAAAUCGAAGAUGACUUGAAGAUUCAUAAUAUAGAGAAUAAAUUUGCGACUCAUUACAAUGCUGUUGAACAACAAUUAAAGACUUCCACAAUUGGUUUGGUCACAUUAAAUGAGAUGAAAGCAAAGCAGGAAAAUAUAGUAAAAGAACGGGAAAGGAAGCUUGCUCAGAAGGAACGAGAAAAAGAACAGGAAAAGGAAAGAGCAUUAGCGGCAAAACAGGCAGAAAAGAACAAACAGAAAAGGCAGAUUCAAGCAUUGUCUUUUAAUUUAGAUGAAGAUGAAGACGAAGACGAAGAUGAAGCUGAAGCUGAAGUUGAAGCUGAAACUGAAACUGAAAUUUCUGACAAAAACAAUGCAGAAAAAUCUGUGAAAUCAGAUGAUACUCGAUGUAAUAAGAAGAUAAAAAAAAAUCCAGAUGUAGAUACAAGUUUCUUGCCAGAUAGGGAAAGAGAAGAAGAGGAAAAUAAACUUAGAGAGGAAUUGAGACAAGAAUGGGCUAGAAAGCAGAAUGCAUUGAAGGAAGAAGAGAUUGAAAUCACAUUCAGUUAUUGGGAUGGAUCUGGCCAUCGUAGGAGUGUUAUAAUGAAGAAAGGUAAUUCUAUCUAUCAGCUUCUUCAGAGAUGUCUGGAAGUCCUGAGACGUGAAUUUAGUGAGCUUAAAACAGUAAUGGCAGAUCAGUUAAUGUAUGUCAAGGAGGAUCUUAUAUUACCACAUCAUUAUACAUUCUAUGAUUUUAUCGUAACUAAGGCACGAGGAAAGAGUGGGCCUUUGUUCACAUUUGACGUUCACGAUGAUAUUCGAGUUAUGCACGAUGCAUCUGUCGAAACUGAGGAAUCACAUGCUGGAAAAGUUUUACUUAGAUCAUGGUACGAAAGGAACAAACACAUUUUUCCAGCGAGUAGAUGGGAACCCUUUGAUCCAACAAAAAGUUAUGACAAGUAUACAGUAUCAGAUAAAAACAGGAAGAAAGAUAAGAUCUAUAGCAUCGGAAAGAACUUAUCAGGUAAUAUAAAAAAAAUGCCAGCGAUACUAGUCGGACCACCGCAACGCAAUGAGCAAAUGUGGCAGGCGCUAAAAACUCAUAUUUUGAGAGAGCGACAACGAAAGAAACAAGAACAAGAAGCUGAUGCUGAGGAAGAACGUUUACGCAAGGAAAGAGAGCGUCAGCAAAAGCAAGAUGUGAUGACAUUAGGUGAAACACGAGAACAAAUCUCGAACUUGGACAACGAACUGUCACAGUUGAAAGCAGAGAAGCAUCAGUUGUUUUUACAAUUGAAAAAGGUUCUGAACGAGGAUGACAGAAGACGACAACUUAUAAAAGAAACCAGCGUUUGUUCAGAAGUUUCGACAACAGUAGGAGGAUAUCCUGCAACAGGUCCAAGAGUGGUACAUCCACAACUGUUUUUGCCGUUACCACGUAGCAGCAGUCCUCUCUACAAGGUUGCUGUUGGUACUCCAACUCAUCUGUUACAAAGUGGAACUAUGAAAAGGACUCAUACUCCGUCGCCGCCACCAGCUGCAUCAUAUCACAGCGCGUAUGGCUACAAACCGCCACCGUCUAUCCCAAGUUAUAAUCCACCUCCUCCUAAAGCUGAGGAAGCUGCCAGAAGAUCCGGUGAUGCUCGGGCAGUUCUUUGGAACAAGAAUAAUCAGUACUCUGCAUCGAACUUUUACUCGGCGCCCACAGGCCAGAGUGUCUACAGUUAUUCCGCACCAGCGUCACAGCCAUCUCGAGAACCCUCGGAAUCGGCUAAACCAGUUUAUCUUUCGAGCGGUAGAGCACCAUUAGCCACACAUCAAACUGCAUACGUAACUAAUUUACACUCGAUGGAGCAUAAGGGUGCUUAUGGUGAAGACAAGUUUUACUUGCGACCAACGAAUCACGUUACCGUUCACGGUGGAGCUAUCCCGAUUCAACAACCGCCUCAGGGUGCGAAAACUGGCGGGAUUACUUCUGGUUAUCCUGUACGAGCACCUCAACCACCACCACCUAGUUCAUACCCGCCACCACCGCCACCAUCUCCUGGUACUUAUGUGAGUGGUUCAGCUGCCAACGUACCUGGUAGGCUGCUAUAUACACAACCUAGUGCUCGCUACCUUCAACGAGAAAUAUAGGAUCGUACGUUUUAAUGACAGAUUUUUUAAUCUUUAUUUCUUGUGCAGGGUAUAAAAUAUUGAAAACUAUGAAUUGCACUGAUCAAGAAUUGAUGAUUAAACAAGAAUUGAUAAGUCAACAUUUGUGUACAUUUUAUAAAAUGCAAAGAAGGUCAUAUGUGUAAAA